AUGGCUGUCAGGAAGCCUGGUGUGAUUGCCUUGUUUGAUGUUGAUGGGACUCUCACAGCUCCUAGAAAGGCGGCUACUCCAGAAAUGUUGGGGUUUAUUCGAGAACUUAGGAAGGCUGUUACAGUGGGAAUAGUUGGAGGAUCUGACCUUUCUAAGAUAACAGAGCAGCUUGGGAGGACAGUUAUUGAUGACUAUGAUUAUGUAUUUUCUGAGAAUGGACUUGUGGCUCACAAAGACAGGACACUGAUUGGCACCCAGAGCUUGAAGACAUUUCUUGGAGAAGAGAAGCUGAAGGAAUUUAUCAAUUUUACACUUCAUUAUAUCGCAGACUUGGACAUACCUAUAAAAAGGGGUACAUUUAUAGAGUUCCGAAGUGGGAUGCUUAAUGUAUCACCAAUUGGGCGAAACUGUAGCCAAGAAGAAAGGGAUGAAUUUGAAAGAUUUGACAAGGUUCAAAACAUACGCCCAAAAAUGGUAUCCAUCCUUCGCGAGAAGUUUGCUCACUUUAACUUGACAUUUUCCAUAGGAGGACAGAUAAGCUUUGAUGUUUUCCCUCAAGGUUGGGACAAGACAUACUGCUUGAGAUACCUAGAGAAGUUUCAAGAAAUCCAUUUCUUUGGUGACAAAACUUACAAGGGAGGAAAUGACCAUGAAAUUUAUGAAUCUGAACGAACCGUAGGUCAUACAGUUACCAGCCCUGAAGAUACAAUCAAGCAGUGCAAAGCUCUCUUUCUGAGCCCCUGA